UGUCGCCAUUACGGAAAAAUCUGUCAUGGAAGACGUUAUUCGUAGAAUUUGUUAUCUGAAUCAAAUAGUAAAUUUUUAUCAUCAUGCAUCGUCCACGAUAUCGACGUACUUUUAGUGAAAUGAACAAGAUGUCAGAUGGUGUGGAUCAGGUUUCAACUCAUCCUUGUCACCGUCUCAGCAUUCCUUCUGCUCGGGUCUUCUGGUGUCGACACUGCAUGCAACAGUUUGAAGAUCCCAUUUCCAGAUGGAGACACAGCAAGACUUGCAAACCAAGCAAGUGUCCGUACAGUAUGAGUCAGAAGGUUGACAAGGAGGCUGAUGCACUGAGACUUGCGACCGGUGGAGAAAUACUGCUGAAACCAAAGUCGGAACUCUCGGUCUCUAACAAUUUACCCUAUCAGUGCUACAUCUGCAAGAAAGCUUUUGAUAGCCUGCAGCGGAUGCGGAUGCACGUUCGAUAUCCAUGCAAUCGAGUGGGUGACAUUCAGUCCCCACCUUUGGAAGCUGAAGAUGAGUACGUCAUUGCAUCAAGGAAAAAGGAAUCCGACUGGCAAACGAAGUAUAACAUGUUCUGCUCCAAUGAAUCAGAGUUUCACAGUAGUUCAUCUGUGCCAGUUCAUGUUAUUCCCAAUAUGUCUUGUGAAACUGAUGUAGAAACGUCUUCCUGCAGCUUUUAUCCUGGUGCUGUCAGUUCAAACGUCACUGAGGAGCAGUUGUUUGUUGCAAACACUGAGCCGGUUAUACAGGAGGAUCACGAUCAACCGGACAUCAUGAGUGUCUGUGAGACAGUGGUGUCUUCAACCCCAGACGAGACCACCUCUAUCUCUAGUAACCAGGAGAAAGUCAUCACGGUGCAAGGCAUCGAGAUGUUCGGAACAAACGAUGAACUCUAUUUGAGCGAGUUGCUGAUGCAGCUCUCACGUGGAGGCUUCUUGUUCCAGAAUGAUGCAAAUAAGGACGGCUCACAGCAGAGUGGUGCUGAACAACAACAGCAGGUCGAAGUUGUUAUUCAAAAUCAGGGUGAGGGCAUUGGCCAAGGCAAAGGGGACAUUCAGGUGAUUGUCAAACAAGAGCAGAUACCACAGGAUAUUCACAGUCAGAACGUGUUUGAAGCAGAAACGGUGGGGGACGCGGGUAGUUCUUGCAGACUGGAGCCAGCCGAGAACAGUGAGGUGGAUGAACGGUACCCAAGUGUGGAAGUUGUUACUUCUGCCAAAACAAACCAGCUGCGCAUAUUGGCAGCUGUGACUCAGGACGAUUUACACCAGAUUGAGCAGAACCAGCAAAUUGUAAACGACAUGUCCAGUGCAGCGAAUGUUUAUUCUCAUCAAAAUGUGACUUACCAUUCUGGUGCCUUUACCUCUGGUGAACAUGUUUCCGAUCAAAAUCCAGAGGAAUUUGUUUCGAAUCAGUUAUCGCUUUUAGCAUCGGUAACUUCUGAACGGUUGCAAAGUGUUGCCACUGAGAAAACUGAAACAUGUUUAAUCCAAGGUGAACCAAAUACCGUGGAUGUUCAGGAGAAUAACGUAUUAGUGUCUACCCAAGAAGAGACUGUUGGUAUUGACUCAGGAGAUGGACUAAAACAGGAGAAUAGUGUUAAGGGCAUCGCUAUCACAGAUGCUAGUUGUUCUGCUCAAUCUAUUGUUUUACCUAUAGCAAAUUCAACUGAAAAUGUGCUUACUAACCAAGACUUCAACACUGAGUCAGUUAUUACUGAUAAUGAAGAGUCUCAGAAACGUAAAUACUCUAAUUGUGAUAGUGGUGAAGACUUCAGCAAGAGACAUAAGCCUGAAUCAGUUUGAUAUAGGUCAUUCGUUUUGGGCAUUCUUUGCACACAGAUAUAUAUAUAUAUAUUUUCUUUUUUUAAUUAAUGUUGGCUAUUCGGUUUAUAAAUUGAUACUGAAGAACAUUAUUGCCUUUAGUCUUGUAGAUACAUGCAUGUACUUGUUUCAGUUGGCGAGAAAAUAUUGUUAGCUGUUUAGCUAAUUUUAUUUAAAAAUCAGUUUGUCUUAGUUAAGCAAAUUACGUACAGGUAAGAAAUUCAAGGGUACCACAAAUGGUAUAUAGCCGUGUCCUUUGUUAUUAAAAAUAAUUAAUGAUGUUAUUAUGUGUCUUUCUGAUAAAGCAUCAUUAUUUUUUUCAUUGAAGUGGCCAAAAACCUUCAAAAACAGCAUGGCUUAUCUGCCUUUUUAAAAUGGGGCUGUGAAGUCCAAAAUCCAAUAUACCGGCCUCGGUGGCGUCGUGGCAGGCCAUCGGUCUACAGGCUGGUAGGUACUGGGUUCGGAUCCCAGUCGAGGCAUGGGAUUUUUAAUCCAGAUACCGACUCCAAACCCUGAG